AAUAUUUUAUUGCUUAUAGUUAUUUGUACUUCGCGUUUUUCUGUAAAAAAAAAUUAUUUUCAAAUCUACUGUUUCGGAUUAUUUUGUUUUGAUUAAUAAAUCCUUCUUUACACAUUAAUGCAAUAAAAUGUGCACUUUUUUGUACUGAAUAUUGUAUAUUGAUUAUGGCAUUUCCUAAUUCAGCACGAAUCCUUUUAAUCAAAAUAAUCUGCUGACGCAGUUUUCUGACUAGAAGUCUCCAUCAGGUGAAACUGUAUUUAGUGCACAUGAAUGAUCCAGAGAAAACAGCGGAUACAGUCGCCCCAAAUAAUGAUUCGGACACAUGCGAUGCUCAGAUACGUCCGUUUCCCCAAGAAGUAAGCAGUGCUAGUGCAGGGUUGCGUGACUUGCCUGAUCUAACUGAUUUUGUCAAUCAAAAGACGGAAGAUAAUCUAAAUGAAUUAUUCGCCAAUCGGUAUACAAUGGCUAAUAAGCUGUACGUAGAGGUUGCAAGUGGCUUUUCCAACCCAGUCAUUGUGUAUCCAUGGAGCAAAAGACCAAAAAGAAAUUUCGAUUACAUCAGUGGUGAGCAAAAAUCGUACAGAGGAGGCAACAGGCGAAAUGUCUGCUCAGAAUGGAGUAGAUGGGGAAAUCCGAGUUGCGAUCCUUCUGCUGCACAGGAAUCAAGGAAGAGACGUAAGCCAACCAUGGAUUAUGUUCGUGUUUCGUAUCCAGGCAGAACGAAUCCCUAAUGUUGGCCGAGAAGAAAUUUUAAAACAUUCAGUAUUUCUAUGGUCACGCUGUAUGAAAUAAAACUUCGAGUACUUAUCUGUAUCAAAAUUUCACCGAUAACUGAUCUAAAGUAGUUCUGUCAUAUCGAAAAUUAGAAAGUAAAAAUAUUUCGUUGUG